CGCGCAAAGAAGUUGGCUGCUUAAAUUUUUAAGGCUUCAGAAUCAGUUUGGAGGAAUCAAGUGCAGUCAAGCAAUAUAUUGAAAUGAGUCCUGGAAAUUUGUAUCACAUUGAUACAAGGGACCCCUUCACUGACCAGUUUGGUAAUUUUAGCAGGGGUGGUGAUGAGGAUGAUGACUCACAUAUCUUGAAUGGUGAUACCAAUUGCAAUGUGACUGAUCAUGUUUAUGAGCAACGUAAAGUGCAUACUCAUGAGGAACACACUGAACCAACUUUGGAUGGUUCAAAUGGUAACGAUGUUGAACUGGUGGAUUGUGAGAAUAAUAUUCCAUUUUGGCUUCCUCCAGAGCCUGAAGAUGAAGAGGACAGAGAAGAUCUCUUAUUUGACAACGAUGAUGAUAGUGGUAGUGACUGUGCUACAGGCUCAAGCAGCUUAGGCGGUGGGGAAUAUCAAACUAGGGAUAGAUCACAUGAUAAGCACAAGAAGGCUAUGAAAAAAGUCGAUGAUGAGCAUGUUUCGCGCGGGAGUGGUGAUGAGGAUGAUGACUCACAUAUCUUGAAUGGUGAUACCAAUUGCAAUGUGAUUGAUCAUGUUUAUGAGCAACGUAAAGUGCAUACUCAUGAGGAACACACUGAACCAACUUUGGAUGGUUCAAAUGGUAACGAUGUUGAACUGGUGGAUUAUGAGAAUAAUAUUCCAUUUUGGCUUCCUCCAGAGCCUGAAGAUGAAGAGGACAGAGAAGCUCUCUUAUUUGACAACGAUGAUGAUAGUGGUAGUGACUGUGCUACAGGCUCAAGCAGCUUGGGCGGUGGGGAAUAUCAAACUAGGGAUAGAUCACAUGAUAAGCACAAGAAGGCUAUGAAAAAAGUCGAUGGUGAGCAUUUCAGAAAUUUAAUCACUCAACUUUUGCAGGGUGAGAACGUACCUGUAACUAAAGAUGGUGAAGAGAGUUGGGUAAAUAUCAUUACCUCUUUAUCCUGGGAAGCUGUCACACUUUUCAAUCCGGAUACAAGCAUGGUUAGAGGAAUGGAUCCUGGUGAAUAUGUUAAGGUUAAAUACUUAGCUUCAGGGUGUCGGAGUGAGAGGUAUUUUGUUUGACUCUGCAUGAUUACUCCCCUGUUUAUGGCAUGUUAUUAUCGUUACACACAUUUGAA